GGCAUAUGUUCGUUUUAUUAUGAAUCAAGAAAUCUACGAAGAACUGCUCUUCGCAAGAACUUUGAUAACCGACACUAAAGGUGAAUCAAUAUUUCAUGUUUUGAAGGAUAAUAUCAGUAGCUACAGAUGGAGCACCUGCCAUGGUUGGUCGUUAUCGUGGAUUUAUAAGCUAUUUAAAAUAAAAUGUGUCAGGGGUGUUAGCAAUACAUUGCAUCAUCCAUCGACAACAUUUAGUUGCUAAAAAUUUGAGUGUUAGAUUGCAUGAAUCACUU